UAGGUGGUGCUAGAGGCCGCCGGGGGUUUGUGAGGAGACAGCGCUGCCGCCAUUUUGUGGGGUGUUUGUCGCAGCGGCUGGAGAGAGACGACGGCGGUUUGGAGACGUUUCUCGGCCAGAAGGCCUUUUGCUUUUCCGGAGAUGCGGCAUUCCAAAAGAACUCACUGCCCUGAUUGGGAUAGCAGAGAAAGCUGGGGACAUGAAAGCUACAUCGGAAGUCACAAACGGAAGAGGAGGUCCCACAGUAGUACGCAAGAAAACAGACAUUGUAAACCACAUCACCAGUUUAAAGAAUCUGAUUGAUGUUCCAUUGAGACUGUUUGCCAGAUUGCUUUCUAAAUUAGCCAGCUGGGGUUACUUUAAAAAACAUCAUUAUUUAGAAGCGAGGUCCUUGAAUGAGAGAGAUUAUCGGGACCGGAGAUACGUUGAUGAAUACAGAAAUGACUACUGCGAAGGCUAUGUACCUAGACAUUAUCAUAGAGACGUUGAAAGCGGUUAUCGAGUCCAUUGCAGUAAAUCUUCGGUCCGAAGCAGGAGAAGCAGUCCUAAAAGGAAGCGUAAUAGACACUGUUCAAGUCACCAGUCACGUUCGAAGAGCCACCGAAGGAAAAGAUCCAGGAGUAUAGAGGAUGAUGAGGAGGGUCACCUGAUCUGUCAAAGUGGAGACGUUCUAAGAGCAAGAUAUGAAAUCGUGGACACUUUGGGUGAAGGGGCCUUUGGCAAAGUCGUAGAGUGCAUUGAUCAUGGCAUGGAUGGCAUGCAUGUAGCAGUGAAAAUUGUAAAAAAUGUAGGUCGAUACCGUGAAGCAGCUCGUUCAGAAAUCCAAGUAUUGGAGCAUUUAAAUAGUACUGAUCCCAAUAGUGUCUUCCGAUGUGUCCAGAUGCUAGAAUGGUUUGAUCAUCAUGGUCAUGUUUGUAUUGUGUUUGAACUACUGGGACUUAGUACCUAUGAUUUCAUUAAAGAAAAUAGCUUUCUACCAUUUCAAAUUGACCACAUCAGGCAGAUGGCAUAUCAGAUCUGCCAGUCUAUAAAUUUUUUGCAUCAUAAUAAGUUAACCCAUACAGAUCUGAAGCCUGAAAAUAUUUUAUUUGUGAAGUCUGACUAUGUAGUCAAAUAUAAUUCUAAAAUGAAACGUGAUGAACGCACAUUGAAAAACACAGAUAUCAAGGUGGUUGACUUUGGAAGUGCAACGUAUGAUGAUGAACAUCAUAGUACUUUGGUAUCUACACGGCAUUACAGAGCUCCAGAGGUCAUUCUGGCUUUAGGUUGGUCCCAGCCUUGUGAUGUUUGGAGCAUAGGUUGCAUUCUUAUUGAAUAUUACCUUGGUUUCACAGUCUUUCAGACUCAUGAUAGUAAAGAGCACCUCGCAAUGAUGGAACGAAUACUAGGACCCAUACCAACACACAUGAUUCAGAAAACAAGAAAACGCAAGUAUUUUCACCAUAACCAGCUAGACUGGGAUGAACACAGUUCCGCUGGCCGAUAUGUUAGGAGACGCUGCAAACCAUUAAAGGAAUUUAUGCUUUGUCAUGAUGAAGAACAUGAGAAACUAUUUGACCUGGUACGAAGAAUGUUAGAAUACGACCCAGUGAAAAGAAUCACCUUGGAUGAAGCCUUGCAGCAUCCUUUCUUUGACUUAUUAAACAAGAAAUGAAAUGGAAAUCAGUGGUCUUACUAUAUACUUCUCUAGAAGAGAUUACUUAAGACUGUGUCAGUCAACUCUAAACAUUCUAAUAUUUUUGUAAACAUUAAAUUAUUUUGUACAGUUAAGUGUAAAUACUGUAUGUUUUGUAUCAAUAGUAUAAUUACCUUGUUAAGCAAGUAUGGUCUUGAUAAUGAACUAUAAAAGUUAAAAUUUUCCUUUUUGAAAUUACCAUUUUUAAAAAUCUUUGGAAUAUUCUUUGUGUCCAGUGAUAAAUGUGAUUGAUCUUGUCUUUUGUACAUGGAGGUCAACUCUUUGAAGUGAUUUUUUUGAGUAAAAGGCAAUCUUGACUACUUUA